AUGCUUCAAUUGCUCGUUAUAUCCAUCGCCAUCGCGGCGAUUGCACUGUCAAGCGGUGCCUUCAACGCGCUGUGGACAGCUUCUGGGUUUGCGCUGAUAGGCUACGUCGUCACUGACUCGUUGAUCCCCAAGCUGGCACCGUUCUUCACGGCCAAGGGGCUGUUCGGCAAGGACAUGUCGAAGGUUGGCAAGCCGGUGAUACCGGAGACUAUAGGCGCAAUCACUGCGACGUCGUACCUGUUCCUGAUGUUCUUCUUCAUCCCGUUUGCCUUCUACAAGUACCUUGUUGUCGCUACAGUGGGCGGCGGUGAGCGUGGCGCCGGCGAGGUGCCGUCGUUAGGCAGCGACGACCAGCUGGCGCUGUUCCCUCACGACAAGCUGGCAGGGUUCCUGAGUGCGAUGCUCUGUCUCGAGAGCAUCCUGCUGCUUGGGCUUGCUGAUGACUUCUUCGAUCUCAGGUGGCGACACAAGUUCUUCCUUCCCGCCAUCGCUGCGAUCCCACUGUUGGUUGUUUACUACGUGGAUUUUGGCGUAACACACGUGUUGAUACCGUCAUGGUUGCAGCACCAUUUCAAGGACCAGACGACGAUUGAGCUUGGAUGGCUGUACUACGUAUACAUGGGCUCCGUGGCCAUCUUCUGUCCUAAUUCCAUCAACAUCCUUGCCGGAGUCAACGGGCUGGAGACCGGCCAGGCAGUCGUCAUCACAGUGCUGCUGCUGUUGAACGACCUGUGCUACUUCGUCUUUGGCUCUCAGCAGACGUGGGAGUCCCAUAUCUUCUCAGCUUCGUUGCUGAUCCCAUUCUUGGGCGUGUCGUUGACGCUGUUCAAGUACAACUGGUACCCUGCACGUGUCUUUGUCGGUGAUACCUAUUGCUACUUUGCUGGAAUGGUGUUUGCCGUUGUUGGUAUCCAGGGACACUUCUCAAAGACUCUGCUACUGUUCUUUAUCCCCCAGAUCUUCAACUUCAUCUACUCGGUGCCACAGCUGUUCAACCUGGUUCCAUGUCCAAGGCAUAGACUUCCAAGGUUCAACGAAAAGGAUGGACUGAUGUAUCCAUCGCAUGCUGUGUUUGAAAAGCAGCUGAAUCCCAUGGUGGAGAAGGCCAUGGUUGUGCUAUCCAAGCUGAAGCUGCUGGAGAUUGUCCAGAGAGAAGGACGCGUCGUCGAGUCCUCGAAUUUUACGCUGAUUAACCUGGCACUGGUCUGGUUUGGACCUUUGAGAGAGGACUCACUAUGUGCAGUGCUACUUCUUCUACAGUUCACGAUUGGGCUGGUUGCGCUGUUGGCAAGACAUACCAUUGGACCUUGGUUAUACGGAUACGACAACUUGUUCUUUUCAGCGUGA